AUGUCCAAUCAAACGAGAGUGACUCAGUUCAUUCUCAGGGGCUUUUCAGAUGCCCGGGAAUUGAGAUUUGUAGUGACCUCAUUUUUCUUGUUUUUCUACUUAUUUGGCCUCCUGGGAAACAUCUCCAUUAGCACAGCUGUAUUUAGAGAAAGCUGUCUCCACUCCCCCAUGUACUUCUUCCUGAAGAAUCUCUCUUUCCUGGACACAUGCUACACCUCGGUCACCAUCCAGGCUCUGGUCAUUUCCCUCCUGGGCUCUGAGUACAUCUCCUAUCUUGAGUGUGUGGCUCAGCUCUAUGUGUUCAUCACCCUGUCUUCCACUGAGUCCUUUCUGCUCACAGCCAUGGCAUAUGACCUAUGCUUGGCCAUCCUCAAACCCCUGCUCUAUGGGACCAUCAUGAAUGAGAGGCUUUCCUCUGAACUGGUCGCCAUGGCCUGGGUGAGUGGGGCCAUCUUCUCAGCCUUCCAUACAUUCAACACCUUCUCCCUGCCCUUCUGCGGGCCCAACCUUGUGGAGCACUUCUUCUGUGACAUCCCCCACAUCAUGUGCCUCACCUGUGCUGAUUACCACCUCAAUGAGGAGGUGGGCUUCACUGUGAGCAUCUGUGUUGUCAUGAGCUCCUUUGCCCUCACAGUGCUCUCCUAUGCCUGGAUCAUCUCUGCAAUCGUGCGGAUUAAGGCUGGGGAAGGAAGGUGGAAAGCCUUCUCCACCUGCUCCUCACACCUAACUACAGUUAUUUUGUUUUAUGGAACUGGAAGUUUCAUGUACCUAAGACCGGCCUCUCAAUACUCCCCAACCCAAGGCCACCUGGCAUCUAUUUUUUACUCCAUCCUCACCCCUACAUUGAAUCCUGUUAUCUAUUGUCUGAGGAACAAAGACAUGAAGGUGGCCCUGCAGAAGCUGUAUUGUCCAGGACGGCACAUGCUGUGA